AUGGCCGACUAUCAUCAAGACCCUCGGUCCCGAUCCAAUCACCCGCAGUACGGCCACCCCCCCAGCAGUCGCGGUGCCGGUGACGGCUACGGACAACGAGAUGCCGCCUUCUCCAACAUCUUCGGCGCCGCCCCGCCCCCCGGCCGAUCGCACACCAUGACCUCCUCCGUCCCACCCCCUAAUUUGAUGCACCACAACGAAGGCCGAACCCAUACCAUGUCGUCCACGUCGGGAGCCUCCAUGCAGAGACCGCCGCCACAGCGCCCCCCACCGCCCGGCGGACCCGGAGGAGGAGGAGGCAGUGGAUCAGGGGAAAGAGGAGGCUAUGGUGACCCCCGGGCGCGCCUCGAUACGAAUGGAUAUAGCCAGCAGAGCCAGCGCUCCGUCUCGGCUGGACAACAAGUUCCCUCUGCUCAGUACCUACAACAGCAACAAGCAGCGCGACGGCCCCCUCCUGGCGCCUAUCCCCCUCAAAGUGCUCCGAGGGCCGAUUCUCUCAGGGGUCCUGCGCCCCAAGGUUUCUACAACAAUGCCUCGAGAUCUCCCGCCCAGGCUUAUUAUAACCAGCCUGGGGGCAGGCCGGCGCCCGCCUUGAACUCCGACCCCUACCGAUCCCAGUCGCUCGCGAGCGUUCCCCGACCACAGAUGUAUCAGGGUUCGACCUCGCAACAGUCGCCAGCCAACGCUUUCCGCCAGGCUCAGUAUAGCGGGAGCUCGGCUCGGACAACCGCACAGGGGCGCAUAGUGCCCGAGAGGCAUAUGGAAGCCGACCGUGCCAUGUCCAUGACCGGCUACCCCUCAUACGACCGCGAUGCCCACCAAACUCCUAGUGGAAGAGUUAUACCCAACAGGAGGGCACCAGGAUCCAGCCCAGACCAUGGCCCUACUAAUGGCGGGUACCCAGCUUCCGGAAGUCAGUCGGGAAGAACUGUCAGCAUCACGUCGACGACAACCGUCGACGUGAAUGGGCGGACUAUGUCCAUGGCGUCUACCAUCGCCCCUUCGAUAGCGCCGACAGAACGGAACGAAGAUGGGACCUUGGUACAUCGGCACUCGGGCGGCGCAAUGUCCAUGACGGGUGACCGGCCCGUUACCGUCAAGAUCAGGAUGCCUCUGGUAUACCCGGCUCUUCUGUCCCGCGUGGCCGAAACGUUCCGGCGCAAGAUCGUUGUAGGAGAUAGGACCAAGAACGAACUGACCUACAAGAACGCUUUCAGCGGUGCCGAAGCCGUCGAUGUGCUGUCAUACAUUAUCAGGACCACCGAUCGAAACUUGGCCCUGUUGCUGGGUAGAGCUUUGGACGCCCAAAAGUUCUUCCAUGAUGUUACAUACGAACACCGGUUGAGAGACUCAACCUACGAAAUGUAUCAAUUCAGGGAAACACUGACCGAUGACGAGAAGCCAGCGGUCAAUGGUGUUUUCGUCCUGCUUUCCGAAUGUUACUCUCCAACAUGCACACCCGACCAGCUCUGCUACUCUAUCGCAUGCCCUCGCCGUCUCGAGCAAAUGUCCAAGUUGAACCUUAAGGGCGGAAUUGGCCUCAGGCAAGAAGGAAAAGCUGCGGUUAACGAUGACGAUGUCGACCAGACCGACGAGCAGAAGUUGUGGAUUAACAGCGUACCGAAGGAAAUUGCGGACAGUAUCAGCGACAAGGAGAAGAAGAGGCAGGAGGUUAUCAGUGAGAUCUGCUACACAGAGAGAGACUUCGUCAAGGAUCUCGAGUAUUUGCGAGAUUUCUGGAUCUACCCUCUCAAGGGCAAGAUCAACGGUCACUCUCCAAUUCCUCUACAACGGCGGGAGCGCGUUGUACGGACAAUCUUUACCAACAUUAUCGAUCCUCCAAGCAUUCACGGCGUCAGUUCCAAGUUCGCCAAGAGUCUUACUGAAAGGCAACAGAAGACUCCAGUCGUUCAAAACAUUGGAGAUAUCUUCCUGGAGUUUGUCCCUCAGUUCGAACCAUUCAUCCUUUACGGUGCGAAGCAGUUGGAAGGCAAAUUCGAAUUCGAGAACGAACGGACCAUCAACAAGGACUUUGCAAGAUUCGUGGACGAGGUUGAACGCCGCAGAGAGUCAAGAAAGCUGGAGUUGAACGGUUACCUCACCAAGCCAACCACGCGUUUGGCGAGAUAUCCUCUACUCCUAGAAGGUGUUCUCAAGUAUACGGAAGAGGGUAGUUCGGAUAAGGAGGAUCUUCCCAAGGUCCUGACUAUGAUCAGAGAUCUCUUGAGCAGGGUUAACGCGGAGUCGGGCAAGGCUGAAAACCGCUUCAACCUGCGCCGUCUGCACGAGCAGCUCAAGUUCCGCCCCAACGACAAGAUGGACCUUAAGCUUACGGACGAGGGUCGUGAGCUUGUAUACAAGGCUCAAUUCAAGAAGUCGCCCACAGAAAAUGCUGAUCUUACGGCCUUCCUGUUUGAUCACGCAGUUCUCCUUGUGAAGAUCAAACAGGUUGGCAAGACAGAAGAAAUCAAGGCAUACCGCAGACCUAUACCCUUGGAGCUACUUUCUAUCAAGGAAAUGGAGGAAAUCAUUCCUUCAGGAGCUGUCAAAAGGUCUUCGUCAAGCUUGCUGCCUGCUCUACGCACUACCACCGACGCCAAGAAGGGUGAUGGGUGGCCGAUCACGUUCCGACAUCUUGGAAAGAACGGCUACGAACUAACGGUGUACGCAUCGAAUCAGGCAGGACGACAGAAAUGGCUCGAGUUCAUCGAUACCGCCCAGCAGCAGCUCAGGGCCCGUGCGGAUUUCUUGAACACUACGAUAAUAUCGUAUGGUUACUUCGCCGGCCCCAACAAGGUCAACUGCGCCACGCCGUUCGAUGGUGGACGGAAGAUCAUCUAUGGCACGGACCAGGGUAUCUUUGUCUCUGAUCGUAAGACCAAGGAAAUACCACCGAAGCGUGUUAUUGACAUACAGAACGUCACCCAGGUCGAUGUUCUGGAAGAGUACUCGCUGCUCUUGGUACUUUCCAACAGGUCGCUUUACUCGUACCAACUGGAUGCGCUCAACCCCAACGAGCCGAUCUCAUCCAAGCGUGGCAAGAAGAUCCAAAGUCACUGCAACUUCUUCAAGACCGGUAUCUGCCUCGGCCGCCAUCUCGUGUGCGCCGUCAAGAGCUCUGCGCUGUCAACUACGAUCAAGGUGUACGAGCCGAACGAUGCCAUGUCCGGCUCCAAGAAGCAAAGGGGUCUCAGCAAGAUGUUCAACGCCGGUCAGGACGAACUCCGGCCAUUCAAGGAGUUCUACAUCCCGACAGAAUCGUCAUCGGUACACUUCCUCAAAUCCAAGCUUUGCGUUGCAUGCGCCCGCGGCUUCGAGGUUGUCAGUCUCGAGACCCUCGAGACGCAAUCCCUUCUCGACCAGGCCGACACAUCGCUCGACUUUGUCCAGAGGAAGGAAGCUGUCAAGCCCAUCCAUAUCGAGCGUCUCAACGGAGAGUUCCUCCUCAACUACAGCGAGUUCUCGUUCUUCGUCAACCGCAACGGAUGGAGGGCCCGUCCCGAAUGGCGUCUGGAUUGGGAGGGAACACCACAGGCCUUUGCGCUCAGCUAUCCUUGGAUAUUGGCGUUUGAGCCCAACUUUAUUGAGCUCAGGAACAUUGAUAACCUGGCAGUACAUAUUGUGCCGCACAAGAACAUCAGGAUGCUACACAGCAGUACACAUGAGAUUUUGUUCGCAUAUGAAGAUGAGCGUGGCGAGGAUAUCAUUGAGGCCAUCGAUUUCUGGAAGAGUCAGAAGAAGCCGGCGGAUAUGUAG